CAAAUGAAAAUUUGGAGAAAAAGAAAAGUGUCUUAGCGGUCAAAACCCUAAGGUGGAUUAUCCUUCUCCCGUCCUCCGUCAGAAUUCAGAAGCUUAAUCUAACGUUGAUCGAUCAUCUCGCCGGCGACAGCAAAACCUGGUGGAUAAAAUGUACGGAUCAGACAAAGGCACCGACGAUUCCGAGCGAACCGCAUUCAGAAGAGCAGAAAAGAAAUACAAACUGUACUACGAUGACACCUACAAAUCUUCCAAAAAGAAAAAACUACCGAAACAUGUCGAUUUGUCUGAGGUUAUCGAUUUCAAGAACAUCCUCGAAUCUUAUCAACAAGAUGGUUCACUUCCAGUGGGCGUCAACGCGACUACAUGCGAUCUGGAUGGGCCAGUUUUCUGCUUGGAGAAUCGUCCUGGGUUUUAUUUUAUUCCUGGUGCGUUGAGUUUACAAGAGCAAUGCCAAUGGAUCAGGGAGAGUUUAAUGGAGUUCCCGCAGCCUCCCAACAGAACCAACCACAAUGCUAUUUAUGGACCAAUUCAAGACCUGUUUAUUGCAGCUAAGGAAAAUAAAGUUUUAGUUGAACAUGAUGAAAUCUCUGAUUUCAAACUUGAUUCUGAUGUUGAACCUUCCAUUAGCAAUGGAAAUACUCAUAACUGGAAGUUUGUGGAGGAGAAUACUGUUUCAUCCAGAAGAGGAACGGCCUACAAAUCAAUUCCUGCUUCAGUAUUACUUAGAAAGUUGCGUUGGAGUACACUUGGCCUACAAUUUGAUUGGUCCAAGCGAAGCUAUAACAUAUCUCUACCCCAUAAUAAGAUACCCUCUGCACUAUGUCAACUUGCCAAAAGAAUGGCCGCAGCUGCAAUGCCAACUGGGGAAGAAUUCAAACCUGAAGCUGCAAUAGUGAAUUAUUUUGCUUCAGGCGACACCCUCGGUGGUCACCUAGAUGACAUGGAAGCUGACUGGAGCAAGCCAAUUGUUAGCAUGAGUUUGGGUUGCAAAGCUAUUUUUCUUUUGGGUGGUAAAUCGAGACAGGAUCCACCAAUAGCCAUGUUUCUUCGAAGCGGAGAUGUCGUGUUAAUGGCUGGAGAAGCAAGGGAAUGUUUCCAUGGUGUACCACGUAUCUUCAUCGAUGAAGAAAGUGAAGAAAUUUCUUUUCUUGAAACGCAUUUAACAAAUCAAGAUGAUUUGCACUGUCUGGAAUACAUAAGAACUUCAAGAAUAAACAUCAACAUUAGACAAGUUUUCUGAUUUAUUGGACGUGUCUGUCAUCUUUCAAUCUUCGAGAUGGUUUUCAGGUUGCUCCAAAAUUUUGCCUGGAUGAAGGGGGAAGGGAGUGGCUUUGCAAAUUCAUAGACAGAUGCGAAAAGAGAUCGAUGACAAUCUGAUUGCAGACCGAAGAUCUAUAAAGCUCGGAUUCGAGCAAUGGUUUUGGUUGGCAAUGGGUGGUGGGGAUUGCAGGACAGGUUUGAUUUUUGAAGUAAAAUAGUAGAGUUUUUAAACAAAAAACAAUAAUGUAAAACUACUUUUUUAGUUUUAACUAAGUACUGAUAUUUACUACUUGAAUUGAUAUGGUGCAAAACCACUUUUGAGUAA